AUGGCCUUCUACUUCGCCCUCCCUUCGGAUGAAAGCCAGCAUUUGGCUGGCUUUUCAGCCUUUGAAAGGCAGGUCUUUUCAGACCUUGUUCAUACCCUUCGUCUGGGUGUGCAUCUCCACCAAAAGGUGGACGGCUCCGCCUCGGAGCUUGACGAGACGGUGGAGGGGCAUGCUUUGGCCCAGAAAUACAUUGCAACCGCCCUGGCAAGCGACUUUACCGCCGACAAGUUUUUCCCACUGCGCCUAACCGGAGCCUCGAUGAGGCAAAUCAUUCAAAUUCUUCCAAUUCAAAGCAGUACAACGGCCCUCGACGUAUUCCAACUCGCCAUCUUUCGCGUUUUUGGAUUCGGCGAUAAAGCACACCUCACAGCCCUGACAUUGCCACAAAGCACAUCUCCCAACUUCAAUUCUCUCGCAACCACAAUAACCGCCUGGGGCGGCCCCUCGAACAUCGCACUACCCGUCUAUGGCAACUUCCAAGUAGUCAAGUCGAAGGUUCCCACCAUGCUCACGCUCCUCUGGGAGUUCUCUCAAGCCCUUCAUAACGACUACACUACUCAGAAGACUACGGGUGCUGCGCUGACCUUCGCCUCCGUCUAUAAGAGUCUCGCCGACAAGAGAAUCCCGUCCCUCCCUUCCGGCGGAAUCAUCCCCUGGGUUCUCGUUUCCGAUUUCGUCGAGUACGGCAUCUGCCUCUCUCCCACCGCGCAAGACCUCGCUGAACACAUCAUGCCUUCCUCAAAAUCAUCUAAAGGGUCACCGUCAGGGCCAACAGCUGGACUGAAGCACGCAGCCGAUAUUUCGAAGGAGGAGAUGCCUAAGGAUGCUGCUGCCCUGGCUGGAGUUUUGAGGAAGGUUAUGCAGGUGCUGAUGAAGCCAGGAAAGGAGAUGAAGACAGUUAUGAAGUUGGUUGGGGCGUGUGAGGAGGCGCAGGGUAGGAAGGUUAAUGUCGUUGAUGUUGAGCAUGCUCUUUGCAAAGUUUCGAGGCAGCUUGGUAUGGCGAAAAAGGUUAAAGGUUGA